AUGACGACCACCAGCGCCGCAGCGCCGGUAAAGCACCAAGUGGUCGACAAGAUACCCAAGAGAUUCAAGCGCCUCAAGUUCGGCAUCCAGUCAAACCAGGACAUCGUCAAUCAGGGCGUCAUGGAAGUCUCUGAUCGGAACAUGUACGAUAUGGACAGGGGACGAGAGCCCACGGUGAACGGUGUUUUGGACAAGCGCCUGGGAACCUCGAGCAAGACGGGCCAAUGCACCACCUGCGGGCUGAAGCUACAAGACUGCAGCGGCCAUUUUGGUCAUGUCCGCCUACCGCUGCCGGCCUUCCACAUUGGUUAUAUCAAGUUCACCAUCAGCAUUCUGCAAGAAAUAUGCAAAGAUUGCUCGCGAGUUCUCCUGAUCGAGUCUGAACGACGGUCGUUUCUGGCCGAGCUGAGACGGCCUGGUAUAGACAACAUGAGACGGGUCGCCAUCUGCAAGAAGAUCAACGAACUGUGCAGGAAGGUAAAGCAUUGCCCCUACUGCGGUGCUGUCAAUGGCCAGAUUCGGAAAGUGGGCGCCCUGAAGCUUGUCCAUGACAAGUUUGUUGCCUUCAACAAGUCGACUUCGGUAAAAAAGCAGCCGCCCCCUAGCAAGGUCAUGUUCGACAACUCCUUCAACGAGGCUAGAAAGCAUGUUAACGACCUCGACAAGCAUCUGAGAAAGGCUUUUGAGGACCUGAACCCUCUCCGAGUCCUCAAUCUCUUCAAGCAAAUCAGCCUCACCGAUUGUGAAUUACUUGGUCUUAACCCCUCCGAGGGACGGCCCGAGAUGUUCCUAUGGCAGUAUUUACCAGCCCCUCCUGUGUGCAUCCGCCCCUCGGUCGCUCAAGAAGGUGCGAGUAAUGAAGACGACCUCACCACCCGACUGGGUGAUAUCGUCUUCGCGUGCGGUCUCAUCCGGGCUGCCUUGCAAAAGGGCACCGCCCUCCAAACCAUCAUGGAGCAAUGGGAAUAUCUGCAACUGCAAAUCGCCGUUUACGUGAACAGCGAUGUUCCUGGCCUUCAGCAAAGUGGCGUCGCCAAGACGAUGAGAGGUUUCUGUCAACGCCUAAAGGGUAAACAGGGACGGUUUCGUGGCAACUUGUCCGGAAAGCGUGUCGAUUUCUCUGGCCGAACUGUCAUUUCGCCCGACCCAAACCUCGCUGUCAACGAAGUUGCUGUACCGGAACUGGUUGCAAAGAAUCUCACAUACCCAGAAAGAGCCCAUCGCGACAACCUGGAGAAGCUGAGGCAGUGCAUUUUACGAGGACCAGCUGUAUGGCCUGGAGCGCAGGCAGUGUUGAAGCAAGAUGGUGAUCACCCGCCAUUCAAGGUGUCCCUGAGAUUUGCCGACAAAGAGACAGCUGCAAGGGAUCUCCGUGUCGGCGACGUCGUUGAGCGCCAUUUAGAAGAUGGUGAUAUCGUUCUUUUCAACCGGCAGCCGUCUCUCCACAGGCUCAGUAUAAUGUGCCAUCUGGCCAAGGUCCGGCCCUGGAGAACCUUCCGUCUGAAUGAAUGUGCCUGUGGACCUUACAACGCCGACUUCGACGGGGAUGAGAUGAACCUUCACGUUCCCCAGACAGAAGAAGCUCGCGCUGAGGCUCUGACUCUCAUGGGCGUCAAACACAAUUUGGCGACGCCCAAGAACGGAGAACCCAUCAUUGCAGCUACGCAAGAUUUCAUCACAGCCGCGUACGUUCUAAGCACCAAGGACAACUUCUACGACCGCAGGACUUUCACGUACCUCGUCAUGCACAUGAUGGAUGGCGCCACCCAUCUUGACAUCCCGCCUCCCGCAAUCAUGGCUCCCAAGCGACUAUGGACCGGAAAACAACUUUUCAGCAUGCUUCUGAGACCCAACAAAUCGUCCCCGGUCAAGAUCAACCUUGAUGCCAAGUGUAGAGAGUACUCGGAACCGCCCAAGCCUUUGCCUGGCAAAAGGAAGCGGGCGCCAGACAUGUGCCCCAACGAUGGCUGGCUGGUUGUAAGAAACUCGGUAGUGAUGUGUGGCCGAAUGGACAAGUCCACCGUCGGAGCAGGCAAGAAAGACUCUAUCUUUUACGUGCUCCUGAGAGAUUUUGGCCCGGACGCCGCCAUUGCCGCAAUGAAUCGACUGGCCAAACUUUGUGCACGUGCGCUGACCAACCAAGGCUUCUCCAUCGGCAUUGGAGAUGUAUAUCCUACGGCCUCUUUGACCGAAGCCAAGAAUAAGCUCGUCGAAGAAGCAUACAUCAUGUCGGAUGAUCUCAUCAAGCAGUUCAACGAGAACACGUUACCCAAGGCACCUGGUUGCACCAUGGAAGAGACGCUCGAAAGUAAGAUUUCCGGUGCGUUGAGCAAAGUUCGUCAAAAUGCAGGAGAUCUCUGCAUAGCGUCCUUGAGCAGAAACAAUGCUCCAUGGAUCAUGGCAUCCUCCGGGUCCAAGGGCUCUAACAUCAACGUUGCCCAGAUGGUUGCUGCGGUCGGACAGCAGAUCAUCGGGGGUUCUCGUGUCGCCGACGGAUUCCAGGAUCGUACCUUGCCACAUUUCCAUAAGAAUACACGUCACGCUCCGGCAAAGGGUUUUGUACGGAACAGUUUCUACACUGGCCUUCUGCCGACCGAGUUUCUCUUCCACGCCAUUUCUGGGCGAGAGGGUCUGGUCGAUACAGCGGUCAAGACAGCUGAAACAGGAUACAUGUCCCGGCGUCUCAUGAAAUCUCUGGAGGAUCUUUCUACUCAAUACGAUGACACAGUGAGAACAUCUGCUGGAGGUGUGGUUCAAUUCGAAUUCGGUGCGGAUAAGCUCGACCCGCUUGACAUGGAAGGCAAAGCGAAGCCAGUCAAUUUUGCACGCACAUUCUCCCAUUCCGAGAAUCUGACAUGGAACAAUACCGAUCGAUCAUUGUUGCCUUUCGAAGUCCUGGCGCUCUGCAACUCACUCCUCCGACCGGAGCGCGAGCGUCGACGUAGACGUGGCUUACUAAACGGCGAACCCCUCAAGUACGAGGACCAGUCCGAUUAUGCCAUUGAUGAAAAGGACAGCGGUCGUAAAUUCCUUGAUACCAUCGUUGCACAUGUGACGGACUUGGCGAAGAAGUUAGCCCGUUUCCGGAGAAAAGCUGGACUUCAGGGAAUGCGUGCGAAACCCACCAACACUCACUUGAAGUCAGACAAGAUGGAACACGAGCAGCUGGCAAAAUUGUCAGCCGAACUCGACCAGCUAGAACGGAAAGUUUUCUCCAAGCCUGAAUCUGGAGAUGAAGAGAAGGAAUACAAUCGGCUCAAAGAACUCAUCUACCCGCCGCGUCGAGCUCCACAAGCCAAGAUGGAAAUCGACGAGGAAUCAUCCGACGAAGAAGCAUCCGACGAUUUCUCCAGACUCAAGUCUAGAGCCGAGGAGUUAGAGUUCAAGCAGCUCUCUCGAAACAUAGGGAAGGGGGAGAAGGAAGACUACGGCCAGCUUUUGAGGAUACAGUCAAAAAUCGACGACUUGGAGCUCAACCAACUCUCACGAAUUGCAUCUGAAAUCGAGAAGCGAGAACGCGGAAAGCUUUCUAGGCUCGCGUCUGAGCGGGUGGCAAAAAUAUCCGAAAAUACCCUCCGGCACUUCGUGGGACUAUGCCUGGAGAAGUUCAAUAAAGCCCAUGUUGAGCCAGGUCAUGCAGUGGGAGCUGUUGGCGCACAGUCCAUUGGUGAACCUGGUACACAGAUGACCCUGAAGACUUUCCACUUCGCUGGCGUAGCUGGUAUGAGCAUCACUCAAGGUGUGCCGCGUAUCAAAGAGAUCAUCAAUGCAUCCAAGACUAUCAGCACGCCAAUCAUCACUUGUCCUCUGCAGAACGAGACAAUUCUCGAAGCAGCAAAGGUGGUCAGAGCUCGCAUCGAGAAGACGUAUAUUGAGGAUAUUGUCCGAUACAUCGACGACGAAUGGCAGCAACAUCGAGCUUUCAUUACGCUUCACAUCAAUAUGGAGGUAAUGGAAGGGAUGCAUCUCGGCGUAACCCUCGGGGACAUCUCGAAAGCGAUCCUCAAGCAGAAGAAACUCAAGAUCCCAGCGAGCGACAUCCACAUCUUCGAAGAAGAUGCCACAAUCGAGAUCACCGUGAGGAAUCCAGACACGGAUGCAGCGGCUAAGCGAGCGCCCAGAAGUAAGGCAGCUAUUGCAGAGGCCAUGACGGACCUGUCGGUGCGCGUAAGCCACCUCAAACGUGUUUUGCCUUCGAUCGCCGUCUCUGGUCACCCCGAAGCCACCCGUGCAAUCGUGCAACAGGAGCCAGUCAAGAACAGCCCGAAGAAAGCAAACGGUGAACCUGAGAUGACAAAUACUAUUCUCGUUGAAGGCUACGGAUUGAGGCAAUGUAUGAACACCGAAGGGGUGAUCGGCGAGAAGGUUAUAUCCAACAGCGUCGUAGAAUGCAGAGAUGUUCUCGGCAUCGAGGCUGCACGUACUACCAUCGCGAAGGAAAUCAACACUGUCAUGGGUGAUAUGGACAUUGAUCCUCGCCACAUGCAGCUGCUGGCUGACGUUAUGACAUUCAAGGGUGAGAUUCUCGGCAUCACGCGUUUCGGUCUCGCCAAGAUGCGCGACAGUGUGCUGCAGCUCGCCUCUUUCGAGAAGACCUCAGAUCAUUUGUUCGACGCAGCAAUAGGGAUGAAGAACGAUCCGAUCGAGGGCGUGAGUGAAAAGAUCAUCAUGGGCGAGACCAUGUCGGUCGGCACGGGGGCAUUCGAAGUUGUUCGCAAGUUGGGCCUUGGUCCGGAUAACUUCGCGGCAUCCCCCACAGUUUUCGAGGAUGCAUGGGCGGAGGAGCAGGGCCUGCGGCGCAAGAGUUCGAAACUGACGAAGAAGAGGGGCCUCUAG